AUGUCAGCUUGGAAAUCAGGACAACAGAACGUCACAGAGGACGUGACUUCUGAAGAAUACGAAUCUUGGAUCUCCAACUACUGCACAUUAUUUGGCCAUGACUAUUUUGUCGAAGUGUCGCAAGACUUUAUCGAAGAUGAUUUCAACUUGACGGGGCUUUCGUCCGGGAUAUCGCACUACCGUGAAGCCCUUGAUUUGAUCCUUGAUUUCGAGCCAGAACCCCCAAUAAGCACCGCGGACUUGCCAUUAAUCGAACACAGUGCGGAAGAACUUUAUGGGUUGAUCCACGCCCGGUUCAUUUUGACCAAAGAAGGGCUCAACGCCAUGGCGGUGAAGUAUGAGAAUGGGCAUUUUGGCAGUUGUUCUCGAGUGAAUUGUGAUUCGAUGUUGUUGUUGCCAAUUGGCAGGUACGACCAGGCGGGAGUAGAAACCGUGCGGUUGUUUUGCCCAUGCUGUUGUGAUAUUUAUUUCCCAUCGUCGUCUAGAUACUUGAACAUUGAUGGGGCGUAUUUUGGCACCACUUUUCCAGGGUUAUUCAUUAAUACUUUCAAAGAAGUGGAAAGACAGGCGGCAGCAAGACAUCAAAAGGAAAGUUUCCAACUAAAGAUAUUUGGGUUCAAACUUAGCGAGCUCAGUAAAAGCGGGCCAAGAAUGAAAUGGUUGAGACAAUUCCCAACCACUCCUGAAGAAAUUGAAGAAUAUAAUAAGUGUGAGUAUUCAGUGGCGACUCCCCAAGACGUUGGUAAAUUGAAGGGAUCUAAAGAGAAGAGAGCAGAAGAAAAAGACAAAGAUAAAAAAGAUGUUGUCGAUGAGGAUGUCAAGAGUACUGACUCGAAGGUAAAAGCCGACGAUGAUGAUGUGACCAUGAAGAGUCCUGAUGGAAGUAUAAUGAGCGUGAAAUGA